AUGGACGCAUCAGCUUCAUCAGCAGAGCAGCCCGAAGCACCGGCUGCUAAUUUGAACAAGGCCGAAGCCGAGUCUUAUUUGCAGUCCCUCAUCAACAAGACCCUGAGAGUCUACACCACAGACGCCCGUCUAUUUGUGGGCACCUUCAAGUGCACCGAUCCGCAAAGCAAUCUUGUGCUCUCGCUCACCCAUGAGUACCGGCAACCCUCGCAGCAAAAACUUCUCGAGGCCGCUGCUGCGAGUCUGGAAUCGGAUACACUCCGGGCUGAGAUGACCUCGCGGUACUUGGGCUUGGUAGUGGUGCCCGGCGAGCACAUUGUCAAGAUCGAGGUCGAGGAGUUUGUCAGCCAAAUGAAGAACCGUUCGAUUCUGGGGAGACCAGAUAUCUACGCCUCGGCCUGA